UGAUCAUCAUUCGGAACUCUUCAGUUUAACGCCAUGGCAUCAAAUGCAACCGCCGUAAAACCACAGUACUUCGAAACGAUAUGGGCCGUCUUCAGCACCAUCGGGCUUAACAACGUACUUGUCGGUCUUAUGAUCGCUGGAAUCAGGGGCAGGUUCUCAGCCGUUAUCCUAGUACCGAUCGUUACCUCGGCUGCGUGUGCUAUUUCCAAUGGUUUAUAUUACUACGUUUCUUUUUCCGACGCCCCGGCCGUUAACAGGGCGGUCGCUUAUGCGUUCUCGGAUUUCGCGUGGUUGGUGAGCGAGACGUUUCUGGGCCUCCCAUCCGUCCCCCGACGCUCAAUGUCCCCGUCUCCGUUCCCGGCUUGCUAUGUUACAUGCGACUAACGCGAUGGCCACCUCGGCCUGCUCCGACAGGUUCAAGAAGGUGGACUCCCAUUCUACGGCUAUGCGAUCCUGGCCCCUAUCCUCCACGGCGGCGAGCACGCAAUCUACCUAACGCUCUUCUGGGGGUGUAUACUCGUCACCGUGGUUGUCCGCGUUGCAAUAGCCGUGGUCGACGUGCUCUUCACACUCGCCGACGACCCUUCGCCAACCCGCCUGGCCAUACAUUUGACCAUGGUCAACCGUCUGCACUUGGGCUACUUCAUACCCAUCGCGAUGGCCGAAACCGUAAACGCCGUAUUCUUGCUGAAAAGGCUCCGCACGACCCUCCGGUCGUCGAUAUCGGGCGGACUAAAGGGCGGCAAGCUAUACCGCUACCUCAUACGCAGCGCCGAA